ACACAAAUAAAUACAGUAAACAAGUUCCUACAUUUUCCCUACCUGAAUGCUUUCUCGUCUUAGCCGCACUCCUCCACCACCACUCGCAAUGGCGGCGCGUGUUCUCCCACGCGCAUUCCAUCCCACCGCCGCCGCCACAUCCGCCAUGACGAACUCUCAUUUCAUUACUCCUCCGUCGUCUACAGUGGCGACUCAUAUGAAACCUUCGUUAAUUAUUGGUCGGGAGUUUCAUUAUUAUUAUGGAUUGAAUUGCAAUUCCGAUAGGAGAUGGAGUGUUGCUGGAAUGAAUGGUAAAGUCUUUGCUUCUCAGAGAGAGUAUAGGAAGUCUAGUAAACGGUUGCAGUUAAAGAAGAAGAAAGAGAAAGAGUUGGAACUUAGUGUAAAUAUUUGCAUUGAACAACAAUUGCCAGAUGAUCCUGAAAUUCUGGAUAUCGCUGAACUGCUUCGUCUUAAUGUUCCAAUGGCUAUGAAAUUAGCAUUUGAUGAUUUGAAAGAUUCAGAGUAUCAAACGAGGGAUAGAGCAAUUAAUGACGUUGGUUGCUUUGAAAGUGUUGAAUUAUCAGUAAUGCUUUGCAACGAUGAGUUCAUCCGCGAACUUAAUAAGGAUUGGAGAGAUGAGGAUAGGCCUACUGAUGUCCUCUCAAUGUCUCAACAUACACCUGAACUUGAGCUUCCGAUUUUAAUGUUGGGGGACAUUGUGAUUUCAGUGGAGACAGCAGCAAGGCAAGCAGAGGAAAGGGGGCAUAGUUUACUGGACGAGAUACGCAUCUUACUGGUUCAUGGUUUGCUACAUCUUUUGGGGUUCGAUCAUGAGAUUAGUGAUGAAGCUGAAGCUGAAAUGGAGAAAGAAGAGGAGCUCCUUCUAAAAAGUCUCGGGUGGAAGGGAAAAGGAUUAAUUCAGAGCACAUAUGAUGCUGAGGCUGCUGGAAGUCCUCCUUUGGAGAACAAUGACAGGAAGAAAGAAGGGAGUCUUCGAUUUUACAAACCAAAGUUUAGCUACAUCUUCUGUGAUAUGGAUGGUACCCUCCUGAACAGCAAAAGUCAGAUUAGUUCAGCAACUGCUGAAGCUCUAAGAGAGGCCACUUCCAGGGGUGUAAAAGUGGUCAUAGCUACUGGAAAAACUCGUCCUGCUGUCAUUGCUCUACUCAAGAGUGUAGGUUUAGCUGGAAAAGACGGCAUUGUUUCAGAGGUUUCUCCAGGAGUAUUCGUGCAGGGGUUGCUCGUCUAUGGCAGACAAGGCCGGGAAAUUUCUCGAAGAAACUUGGAUCCGGUUGUGUGUAGAGAGGCAUGUCUCUACUCUCUUGAGCACAAGGUUCCUCUUGUUGCAUUUAGUGAGGAUCGGAUCUUAACAUUGUUUCAUCACCCUCUUGUAGAUUCACUUCAUACCAUAUAUAAUGAGCCAAAGGCUGAGCUUAUUCCUUCAGUCGAGCAACUAUUGGCAGGGCCAGACAUACAGAAGGUGAUCUUCUUAGAUACUGCGGAGGGAGUGAGUACUGCAUUAAGACCAUACUGGGCGGAGGCAAUUGGAGAUAAUGCCUCUGUUGUCCAAGCUCAACCGGACAUGCUGGAAAUUGUUCCUCCUGGAACUUCCAAGGGCAGUGGAGUAAAAGUACUUCUUGAUCAUUUGGGUGUCAGUCCUAAGGAGAUAAUGGCCAUAGGUGAUGGGGAGAAUGAUGUGGAGAUGCUUGAGUUGGCUUCCCUUGGUGUUGCUCUCAGUAACGGAUCAGAGAAAGCAAAAGCUGUUGCAGAUGUGAUUGGUGCCAGCAAUGAUGAUAAUGGAGCAGCUGAUGCAAUCUACCGUUAUGCUUUUUGAGUUUGUCUUCAGGAAUCGAAUAACGAAACCGGGAAAUGAGAAGGUUAAACAUACCCUUUCAUAAAUUAUUAAAGGUUUAUUUUUCUAACUCAUUCAAUUCGAGGAAACUUCUCAUUAGCCAGCAAUAGGCUGAAGUGGAGCAAUUCACUCCCUUCUUCAUUCAUACCAUAGGCCACUUAUCUUCUUGUCGUCAUUUACCUUCGGAAACAAUGAGGAAAGAAGCAUAUUUUGUAUCUGCAGAGAACAUCAUUUUUUCGCCCUGAAUAUUGGGUGUGUCAAUGAUAUCUUAUACUCAUUACAUGUAA